UACACACACACAGAGCACUUCUAUGUUUGUCAGACUCAAAUCCGAGGGAGCGGAGCUAGCCGCCAUUUUCUAAGCGUCUCUCCCUAAAACGAGAGAAAAAGCCCCGCGACAAACUGCCAUCUGGAUUACCUUUUGCUUACUGAGAAUCGGAAUUUUUGGUAAAGGAUUGCCGUGAAAUCGCCUACAUUUGAAGUAAUUUGGAGUAGAAAGGACUGUUUCACGGCCUUGCCUUAUAUUCGCUGUAGCGGCGAGGCGAGCUAGCUGGCGAGCAAGGUGUAGAUCGUUGAUUCGCCCAUUGCCUGAAUCCGGAACGAACCCGAGCGGCUCUGUCAACCGGGCCCCUUUCGGCAAUCUGGCAGCAUUUUUGGAUUAAUUAAUGGCAGAGUGAUCGAAUCGAGCCGCGUUUUUGUGUUAGCACCCUUGUUUUUUUCCACCAAAACUGCAGGGGAUUGUUGCCGAAAUUCCCUCGGAUAGUGCAACCUCGUCACGUGGCUGUCCUCAGGUGGGGCAGUAAGCGGGUGGUGUGGAGCAGGCCGCGGUGCCCGUCCCUCUGCACUGCAUGGCUGCGAUGGCGCCCGCUCUCACCGACGCCCCAGCCGAAGCUCACCACAUCCGCUUCAAACUGGCUGCCCCAUCCUCAAGUCUCUCACCGGCCAGUGCAGAGAACAACGGUAACGCCAGCAACAUCCUCAUCCAUAGCAGCGGCUCCGCUAAGUGCAAGGCCGCCUCUGAAGAGUGCCCUCUUGACUUUUGUGGCGGCGACCAGGAACAGCAGCAACAGCAGCCCCAAGCCGACUCUGUGGCCCAGGCCUCGGCCCUGGGCAAGCUCCAGCCACUGGUGGCUUCUUACCUAUGCUCUGAUGUGACACCUGUCCCUUCAACUAAGGAGUCAAUCAAGCUGCAAGGAGUCCUCAUCAAACAGUCUGUGUUGAAAAGCCACAGAAUCCUGCCCAGUUCCCUGCUCAACGGCGGAGGAGACUUCCUGUUGAGGAAGAGGCAGGCGAUUGAACUCUCUGGCGGCCAGCUCAAAAGCCUCAUGAGUGGCAGCACCAACGGAGGUGGCCAGCCCAUGGCACCUGUCAAUGGCCUGGCCAAAAAGCUGGCCACUAUGUCUGGCUCUGGCUGUGUAGUGGCAGUGAAUGGUGACAAGCCCUCUGCCACCACAGACUCUCAGGCGCAGAACCUGCCCUUGGACUCUGAGACCUUGACAGCUACCUUAUCAGGGCAUAUCCCGGUGAAAGGAACCCUUAAACAGAAGCAUUCCUCUGGGGUUUCUCAAAAUACUGAUGGAAAAAACCUUGAACCGCCAGUGCUUCAGUCUGCUGCACUUUCCCCCUUUACCCAUGACAGCCCCAACCCCAAUGAACAAGUAAAUUUAGAGGAGGCUGAUUCACACACGCCUACCAGUCAGCCACAGGGCUCUGAUAGGGAGAAACCAGGUAGCAGCCAGCAGGGCUCUCCACCAUGCACACCUGCACCACAGCCUCCUCUACCCUGUAGUUCUUCCUCGGACAGCCUUGAUGCUCAUGUUAGGGAGCGCACCCUUCUCAACAGCAGCCGCCAAGCUGAGAUCGAAAGCCGGCUAAGGCGCCUGCGCAAACGUCUUCAGGUGGUACAGGCCAAACAGGUGGAGCGGCACAUUCAACAGCAGCUGGGUGGGUUCUUGGACUCCGCUCUCAACCGGCUACUGUCUGGUAACCGCAAAUCGGAGACAGCAACCCCCACAGCUACAUGGAGGACUGGCCGCCACUCUUCCUCAAACAACAGAGAUGGCCUCGGUCGCUUCCUGAAAAGUGGCUCAAUGCCCUUGGAACUGGAGAGGCUGUAUCUGAGCGGAUCAGCCAACCUUCAUUCAGCAGAAAGCGCCUUUGACUCAGACGUAACAGAAAGUAGCUCUGGAGGGGACUCUGACCUGGAGGAGGAGGAGCUGGCCAGAGUGGACAUUGAGCAGCGACAUGUCAAAAUAUGGAAGCGGGCGGAGAGUCGCUACACAGUGGAGAGAGCUGCAAUCAUCAGCCACUGGAACUGGCUCCAGGCACACAUCUCGGACUUGGAGUACCGCAUCAGACAGCAGACCGACAUCUACAGACAGAUCCGCGCCAGCAAGGGCUUAGUAGAGUUGGGAGGGGUUGCCCCCAGUGCGGUGCCUGCAGGUGGGACAGAGGUGAAAGCAGAGCCUGUCAGUACUCAGGAUGUUGGUUCAGAGCGGCUGGAGCACACAGGCACCGCCCACGUCAGCAACACAGAGGCCGGCCCCUGGAAGAGUCAAAAUGGACAGCCAGUUAACGGCGUCCUCAGCAGGAUGGCAGAAAGUGCAGACACCAAGCACCAGCAGCCGUUGGCCUAUGACAGCACAUGUGUGGCAGCGCGGACACGACCACUAGUCAGCUGUCGGCGACGGCGGCUCAUUCAGCCCAACACUGUGCCCAACCUCAACGGCAAAGCCCAGAGAAGCAGCUGUAUCCAGUGUAACUGCAGGGUUAACCCCAGCUGUGUGAUGUGUGGUGGCUGGUCCACCCCCAGAGAAGACCCUCAGUACGAGCUGCCCACCCUGGAGCGCCUGUCAAGACUGGAUCUUGGCGUCCACCCCAUCCUCUCCUUCCCUGACGACGUUUGUAUAGGCCUCCGUCUGCAGCAGGUGAUGAAGAGCCAAUGGCAGACCAAGUCACUGGAGAGGAGCAAACCACUGAAGAAGCUCUCCCUCAAACACAAGCUCUCCUCGUCCAAAGAGAAGCACAAGUUCACCAAUUCACUUAUGGCAGUCAGACUGGGCCACUAUAAGAACCGUGCAGAGAAGCCGAGGACAGUGGACAGCAGCGUGGGCACCAGCAGUGCAGUGCUGAACACGGCCAGGCUCGAGGGCCAGGCCGUGUGCAAGACCGAGCGGCUGCAGGCCCUCUCUACUCCGUUAGGGCCCUACGACAAGAACUACAGCCGCAAGAGAUUAAGAGAGCCCUCGCUGGAUAGAACUGACACCUCCCCUAAACUCUUCUUGGACUCAAGCAGCCCCUGCCCGACUCUGGCCAACAUGCACUCAUCCCUCCACAGCCCCCUGACACGCCAGCUGUCCACGUCUUCAGAGAACUCCACACCGCUGGGCCCCAGCAGCCAGAGCGUCCCGAGCACACCUCAGCAGCCCAUCAAGAGGAGGCGAGGUGAAAGCUCUUUUGACAUCAACAACAUCGUAAUCCCCAUGUCUGUGGCGGCCACCACCAGAGUGGAGAAGCUGCAGUACAAAGAGAUUCUCACACCCAGUUGGCGAUCUGUGGACAUCUUCUCCCAGCCCAUCACUGAAGAGGAGAAUGAACGGGAGGUGGAGGACCUUUCAGACGCAGCCUUCAUCCAGCUCCAUCAGCCGUAUGAAGAUCAGGAGCGCGCCCGCUGGACUUGGAUGGCCUUGGCUCCGGCUAAGAGGAGGGGCAGCAGGUCGUACAAAUCUGUUGACGGCCGGACCACACCGUUGCUAUGCGGGACCAACCCUCCCACCCCUCAGCCUGCGUCCCCAGACCCAGGCCACUGUCCCAUGCUCCACGACUACAGCCACGUGCCGUCACCCAUGAGUCCAGCCAGCCCCGACACCACCUCCAACCCCCACACACCCUGCUCUAGGGACUCUCAUCGGCUGCUGUCCAGCGAGGACACGCGGUGCUCGACGCCAGACUUCACCUUCGAAGAACGGACGGUAGCGCCGUGGGAGCGUCGCAGCUUCCCCUUGCCAGAAGACCCGGCCCCAGAGCCCGAGGCAGAGAGCGACCACCACAUCAGGCCCAGAAUGCGCAGCAUCUCAGGUUGCCGAGCAACAGCCUACGGACGUCUGGAUUCGGACGACAUGGAUCUGCCUUGUGAUGACGAUAAUGGCCCCAAACACAAGGCCUCCACCCACCGAUGAAUGACUGACAAGGCUGAGGUCGCCCGGCCCCCCAUCCCACCCCUCCAGCACCCAUUUACCCCCCACCCCACCACCACUCCUCUCUGGCAUUAACAAGCAGAACCUCAAAGCAGAAUAAGAUAUUAAAUGGGUUCCUGUUGUUUGAUAUUCAAACAUCAGUCUAAUACUUUUCACAGUUUUUAGUGAACAUUAUGGAGAUAGAAGCCUUUCCCUACACUUGUUUUUGUCACAGG